AAAGCGGCUCCGCGACGGAGCUGCAGUGCGCGCGACAGGGGCCUGAGUAUCCCGCUUUCUUGGGAAGAAACCACCAAGUCGGGUCAGUGCUGCAGGCUCCAGCCACUGGCCUGGUUGACCAUGGCCCUUUCUGUGGAGACCGAGUCGCACAUCUACCGAGCUCUGCGCACUGCCUCUGGGGCUGCUGCCCACCUUGUGGCCCUGGGCUUUACGAUCUUUGUGGCUGUGCUUGCCAGGCCUGGCUCCAGUCUGUUCUCCUGGCACCCCAUGCUUAUGUCUCUGGCUUUCUCUUUCCUGAUGACCGAGGCACUGCUGGUGUUCUCUCCUGAGAGUUCGCUGCUGCGCUCCCUCUCACGGAAGGGCCGAGCACGCUGCCACUGGGUACUGCAGCUGCUGGCCCUGCUGUGUGCACUGCUGGGCCUAAGUCUUGUCAUCCUCCAUAAGGAACAGCUUGGCAAAGCCCACCUGGCCACGUGGCAUGGGCGGGCAGGGAUGAUAGCUGUGCUGUGGGCCGGGUUGCAGUGCUCAGGUGGGGUGGGGCUGCUCUACCCUAAACUGCUGCCCCGCUGGCCCCUGGCUAAGCUCAAGCUAUACCAUGCCACUUCUGGGCUAGUGGGCUACCUUCUGGGUAGUGCCAGCCUCUUGUUGGGCAUGUGCUCCCUCUGGUUCACCGCCACAGUCACUGGUGGGGUCUGGUACCUUGCUGUGCUAUGCCCUGUCAUUACCAGUUUGGUCAUCAUGAGUCAGGUGAGCAACGCCUACCUGUACCGCAAAAGGAUCCAGCCAUGAGCUCUUCCCAGCCUAGAAGCCUGGAUUUGCCCCUCAGUGUAGUAGUGGGGGCUGGGGCCUCCUGGAUUUUCUCAGCUAAGUCAUGAGGACAUCUCAGGCACUGGGGAAAUCUAAAGUAGGAGUCUUGUGUGUGACAUUUUUUGCUUGCUCCUCAUGGUGGAGUGCUUCCCCUUUUCUUCUGUACUGUCCCAGAGGAGCUUAUGGAUGAUGUCUGGAUGAAGCUGGGGUUGCAAACCUACUUCCCCAGCAACUCAACUCAUACUUGUACU